AUGAAAUUCAUAUAUUCAAUUUUCAUAAUAAUUCAAAUAAUAUUUUUCAUAAAUUUAAUAAAUGGUCAGAUUGUUAGAGGACCAGAUUUACAACUUGGGUACGUUGAAAAUGGUACAAUGCUCCUUGGUUCACCAAAUGUCGUUAAUAUAGGAGAUCAAAAUUUUAUGAAUACAAAAGAUUUAUCAAAUUCCUCAUGGACAGACCACAGAUACAAUAGAUAUGAUUGGUCAUUCAUUAGAUUCCACAUUAGAAAUAAUCAAUCUGGUUUCGAAGCAACUGCUGAUUUUCAUCCAAGAGUCGACGAAUUUUCAACUAUUAAAUUCAGUGCAAAUGGACUUAUUCAAUAUUUAAAUGAAACAAAUAAAAAUAGAAACGUUUUUAAAAAUAGAGAAGUAGAAGGUUAUACAGUUUGGGCAGAGAUUCCAUAUUCUAAAAAUGUAACAUCUUUCACAAGUAGACUUGUUGAUGUACCAUGUCAAGAAACUCUUACAAAUGGUUCAGUCGUUGUUAGUACAGAUAAAGCAUGCCAAAACGUGACAGACAUAACCACAGCAACCUACCAAAAAGUAGAAAAUUAUAAUUCAACAGUUUUGGAACCAAUCAUUUUGCCACCAAAACAUAUCUUUGAAUUUAGUACAAGAACAUUUGUCAGCUAUUUCACUAUCAUUUUCCAACUUGAUAAUGGUGCCAUUGUGGAUGCAGUUUGGGAUGGUGAUAGAGAUACUUCAAUUUGUAAAAAUUGUGAUUCCUGUAUCGAUAAUCAAUGUGCAACCAAAUUCGAUGAUAUGAGAUGUGAUGAAGGUGUAGGUUGUCAAUUAAAAUUCUUUUUAGCAUGGGCUGGUGUUGAUAAAAGUGGAAAAAAUUGUGUUUCAUUAAAUAAGAUUCCAAGUAAAUUCCAAAAAUACUCUGCUACUGCAAUUAAGAAUAUGGGUACUGGUUUGGUUAGUGAUUUCUUCUACAAAAUCAAUGAUAAUAACAACAACCCAAACACAGCUUAA